ACCACCAUCACCUUCACUACCUUUUCUUAACAUUUCAGUUUCCGAUCAAUUUUCCGUUUCCGUUCAGAUGGCUCCGAAAGCAGAGAAGAAACCGGCAGAGAAGAAACCAGCAGAGAAGAAACCCGCGGAAGAAAAGAAAGCUGAAAAGGCACCAGCAGAGAAGAAACCCAGAGCUGAGAAGAAAUUGCCAAGCAAGGAUGCUUCAUCAACAGAUAAGAAGAAGAAGAAAUCAAAGAAAUCAGUAGAGACAUACAAGAUCUACAUCUUCAAAGUUUUGAAACAAGUUCAUCCUGAUAUUGGUAUUUCAAGCAAAGCUAUGGGUAUCAUGAACAGUUUCAUUAAUGAUAUCUUUGAGAAACUUGCUGCUGAAUCAUCCAGAUUAGCAAGGUAUAACAAGAAACCAACUAUUACUUCAAGGGAGAUUCAAACUGCUGUUCGUCUUGUUCUUCCUGGUGAAUUGGCUAAACAUGCUGUUUCCGAGGGUACUAAAGCUGUUACCAAAUUUACAAGUUCUUAAUCAAUCGCUGUUUCAGUUUUUAGAAAUUAGGGGUUUGUUAUUUCUUCUCAAUUGGGGUUUUCAGUCUGGGAAAUGUAAGUAGAAGUUUUUGUUUUUUUUUAGAAAUUUGGGGUUUCUUCUUUCUUCUUAAUUGAGGGAUUUCAGUCUGGGGACGAUGGUUUUAUGAAUGUAAGCACAAGUUUUUCCAAUGUUCUGAAUCUGAAUGUAAUCAAUUUCAAAUCAAG